AUGACUAGACCAGAGAAUCCAUCUCUACCACGCGACGAUCCUGAGACAGACGAGAAUACUCCAUCAGAACGCACGGACAAGCGCGAAGAGACUUCUUCAGAACCGAAAGCCGCUACCAUUCAGCCUUAUACAAUAUUUGGGAAACGACACAAACGUGUGCUCACUGUACUUCUUGCCACGGCAUCUCUGACCUCGCCAUUUACACAGACUGUAUACCUUCCCCUACUUCCGCUGCUAGGAGAACGAUAUGCCGUGUCGAAUCAAUCUGUCAACCUGACCAUCACCUUCUAUUCCAUUGUCCAAGCAGUUACACCUGCUCUGUUUGCGCCAUUCUCGGACAACACAGGGAGGAGACCUGUGACAUUGUUCACUUUCCUUAUUUAUACAGUUGCCUCAUUGGCUCUCGCCCUCGUCAAGUCUGAAUAUGUUGGCCUCCUGAUUUUGCGUGGUUUACAGGCUCUUGGUGCGAGUGCAAGUGUCUCUAUUGCGUACGGGAUCAUUGCCGACGUAUGCGUACCAAGUGAGCGUGGAAGUAUGAUUGGUCCCGUCAUGAGUGCGACCAACGUCGGUACAUUACUUGGUCCUAUAUUCGGCGGUCUGAUAGCAUGGCGAAGCGGUGGACAGGAGUGGGUAUUCUGGGGCCUCGUCAUCUUUGGUACUGUCAAUAUAGGCUUCAUAGCCGGUUGCCUGCCAGAAACUGCUCGUAGCGUUGUGGGCGACGGCUCUCAAGGCAGAUCUAGACAAUUUUCCUUGAAGCAGUGGAUGCUCCUUGGACCAAGCUGGAUAGGUCUUCCUGAUGUUGAGAAACGGCAAGCCGUCGACAGUACUCCCGAAGAGUCGAAACGACGUGUGAGAUUCGGAAACCCACUGGCUUCUCUCAAGAUCAUGCUCUGGAAGGACGCGGCCUUCAUCAUUGUCUUGGGUGGUGUCAACUACGCAGUCUGGAACAGCUUCCUCGCAAUGAUGCCUAGCAUUUACGAGAACGAUUAUGGCUGGAACCAACUCGAAGUCGGCUUGGCUUACCUGCCUGGAGCCGUGGGUGUCAUUAGUGGAGGUGUUGUGAAUGGAAGAUGGAUGGACCACAAGUACAGAAAGACUGCUGGUGAGGUUGGUCUUAUCGUUGACGGUGUUGCUGGUGAUGACUUGGACAAUUUCCCGAUCGAGAAAGCACGUUGUCGAGAUCUGUUCUUUGUUUGGAUUGUUUAUAACGCCUCUCUUGCGAGCCUGGGCUGGGUCGUCCAGAUCAAACCACACGUCGCUAUCUCCCUGGUGUUACAGGCCUCUGUUGGCUUCUUCGGAACAUUCCUCUUCUUCUGCUUCAAUACUCUGCUCAUUGAUGUUCACCCUGAGAGCCCAAGCACAGCCGCCGCUGCUGCUACAGUCGUCAGAUGCGGUCUAUCUGCCCUUGCAGUGGCGAUCAUGCAACCGCUCGUUCAAGCCAUUGGAAGAGGGUGGUACUUGACUCUGAUGACUCUGCUUAUUGGUGGCGCACAAGGCUUGGGACUUUGGGCGAUACCAAGAUAUGGUCAGGAUUGGCGCAAGAAGAGGCGAGAAAAAUUGCGUACGGAAUAG